AACCCCGCAGGUGAAAUUAUCAUGGAUCUACCCAAUUCGUGACAAGUCCAGUCUUUGUUGAUAUCGUUGCCAGUGAAUGCGGAACUCACGUGACCCGUUUAGGCCGUUUAGGCCAGUAGGUACAAUAUCGACGUUUUCAGUUAAAAGAGGAUUAAGGAUCCCACCUUUAUACCUGGGUGGUAAACAAGAGGAAGAAACUCUACAAAUUCAUAUUUUGGGGAAUUAUGUCGAAAGUAUCAGACGAAAAGACGGAAGAAAAAGCUUCAGAGGAGAAGAAGGCCGAAUAUAAAGGGGAAGUUCGAAAAUAUGAUCCAACCUUCAAUGGUCCUAUUAAAAACAGAUCCUGCACAGAUGUUAUCUGUUGCUUGUUAUUCCUCGUCUUCCUCCUGGGAAUGGCUGCCUGCUCUAUCAUAGGGUACGCCCGAGGAAACCCUUACAAACUUCUUUAUCCCACAGACUCCAGUGGAAACAUUUGUGGAUAUGAUACUGGUUAUACGGGGAAGCCAUAUUUGGUAUAUUUUGACAUGUUACAGUGUGCUAAAACAGGUACAGCGGUCAUCAUCACAGGUUGCCCCACCCCACAGAUUUGUGUGGAUAGCUGUCCAACAACGUACUGGCAUUAUCGAUAUCAAGAAGCCCUGGAAACACUUACAACUAAGAAUACAGCUGACAGGGCUACAGACAUGAUUUGUAAACCAGGAACAGACACCUCUGUUGGCUCUAUUCAGAACUUGGUUGACACAGAUGCUUGUGCUACUUACUAUGUGAAAUCAACACCAGUGGUUGGUCGAUGUAUACCCUCGUUUUUCCUUGAGAUCACUGACAUGGCUCAGAAUCUGUAUGUCACAGCAUCCGGCACGGACUACAACCUGACCAACUCUGCCGGGGAGGGGAUUACGGGAACAGCCAUGAAUGAGGCUAGCUAUUGGUUGGCUAAAUUUAUGUCCGUCACUCAAGUCAUAGAGAUGAUAUAUAAGGAUGUCAUUGCUUCUUGGUGGCUAAUUCUAGCGUUUCUGGGUAUAGCUAUGGUCGUCUGCUUCAUCUGGAUUGUGCUGAUGAGAUGGCUGACAGGAAUUAUUGUUUGGUUCAGUAUCUUUGCUGUUUUGGGCGUUAUUUCUUAUGCCUGCUACUACAGCUAUGUACAGUACUAUGAUCUGAAGUCGACAAACGUCACAGGAACAUGGGGCUACUCUGAAGCAUUUGCAUUGAACUUCAGCUACUACCUUAAACUCAAAGAAACCUGGCUUGCCUUUGGCUGCGGAACUGCAACAUUUUUAGCCAUAUUUGUCCUACUGUUGAUUUUCCUUCUGGACAGAAUCUGUAUCGCCAUCGAGUUGAUCAAGGAAUCCAGCAGAGCCAUCGGGAACAUGAUUUUCACCUUAUUCUGGCCCAUCAUCCCGUUUUUCAUUCAGCUUGCCAUUGUGGGAUACUUUGGCUUUAGCUCAGUAUAUAUAGCAUCUAUUGGUGACCAGAAGUAUUACACAAAUGGUACCAACACAACUGAUGAUGGUAUCAACUACUAUCUCUCCAGGAUCCCUUGUACCCCGGAUGAUUCAACCCAGGGCUCGUACUGUGAUUUCGUGAAAUACGGAGGAACAGAGUAUAUUGUAGUGAUGCAGGUCUUCAUGCUGUUUAUGUUUUUCUGGACCAUGAAUUUUGUGGUUGCCAUGGGACAGAUGGUGUUGGCAGGGGCAUUUGCCUCAUAUUACUGGGCAUUUGAAAAGCCAAAAGACAUCCCAGCAUUCCCUCUCUCAGCUUCACUGUACAGAACAUUUAGAUACCACUUUGGAUCAUUGGCGUUUGGAUCUUUGAUCAUAGCCAUAAUCCAGAUGAUAAGAGUUGCUCUGGAAUAUCUGGACCAUAAGCUGAAAGGCUCCGAAAACAGAUUAGCCAAGUUCUUCCUCAAAUGCCUGAAAUGUUGUUUCUGGUGUUUAGAGAAGUUCAUGAAAUUUUUGAACAGAAAUGCAUACAUUCUGAUUGCAGUGUAUGGUAAAAAUUUUUGUACAUCAGCCAAAGACGCUUUCUUCCUUAUAUUACGGAAUAUUGUCAGAGUGGUGGUACUGGACAAAAUCACAGACUAUGUCCUGUUUCUCAGUAAACUUUUGGUCACAGCAUCUGUUGGUGUUGCUGCAUACUUUUGGUUCCAAGGAAAGGUCACCUAUUUUUCGAACUAUGUGCCCACCAAUCUAAACUACUACAUCACCCCUGUUAUUCUGGUCAUCAUUGGAACCUUCCUUAUCUGCACCUGUUUCUUCAGCGUCUAUGCAAUGGCUGUGGACACUCUUUUCCUCUGUUUCUUGGAGGAUCUUGAGAUGAAUGACGGAUCAGCAGAGAAACCCUACUUCAUGAGUAAAGGUCUGAUGAGCAUUCUGGGAAAGAAAAAUCUCAAGCCCGGUGAGAAAAAGAAAUGCUGCGGCUGCUGUUAAAACUAAAACUUAUCUGCAAAAACUUCAAUAAUGCAAAUGUAUUUGAUAUGCAACCUUGACUUAUUUAGUAACAGGAAGUACAGAUGUACUUAAGUGUGAGGGGUCCAGGGGAUGUCUCUCUUGUUAUUGUUGGUUAAUUGAGAUUAUAAAAUAUACGAGAAUGUAUGAGUUUUCUGUUUGUAAUUGGAGUAUAUGUCAGGAUUUAUUAAUGACAAUCGAUCUUAAGCAAAUUAAAUCAUCAAAUUUUUUUUGUAAUAAUAUAUCAUUGUUACUAUGAACAAUUUUAUUGUAAUUCCUCUUAAAUAUAAUCAAAAAAUAAAUCAGGGAGUUUUAACAUUGUUGAAGCUGAAAUUGAUCAUCCUCACAGUGUCCAAAUUUUCAUAUCAAAGUGUGUGUAAAAACUGAAUUGAAAACUAAACAAAAUUUAUAUGAAUGUGUAUCUACAUUUAUUUUCUUGAUUUUCAUAUCAUCAUUUGAUUAAUUUCUUAGAGAUACUCAAAAGUUUGUCUAUAAAUCCAUGCUCAUUUGCAAUCUCAAACAUUGAUUUUAUUUAUUUUGUUUUUUGUAUGAUUUUCUUACUAUUUAUACAACUCCUUGUUUUAUGAUAUUAGACAUAGGGAACUUUGUGAAAGACACUAUAAGUGUACAGUUUAAAAAAGUGAAUGAAAUCCAGUUGUUAGUAUUAUUCCUGUAUUACAAUGGUUACAUCCUUUAAAGUUUUGUUAAUAAUGUGGAGAAGAAAUUGAAAAUGUUAGAAUAAGAAAAUUGUGACAAGAUCUAGUCAUUUAGUUCUAGCUUGUAAAAGUAAUUAUCUUAUGAUGGUAAUAUCAGCUCUUUAAAAGCACUGGUGAUAUAAAGAGUGCAUACUGAGCUCGUAAGUUUGAGGAACAAUUUUAAAACAAAGCAACAUCUGAUUUUUGUCAAGUGCCUUAUCCAUGUCAAAUAUGUUUUAACAUGUGCUUAAAAUCAUUGGAUUUUUAAGCUGCAAUCUGAAAAUUUAUAUGGAAGCAAAUGUAAAUAGAAGUCUGUCUAUAUCAUUUUAUUAUAUGAUUUUUAUUAGGAUUUCUAGAAAUUAUUAGAUGUCUGGUGUAUAUACAUGUGUAAUGAUCUUCUAUUUUUGUAUAACUUUUUAUAGAUGUUUUUAUUUUGACCUCUUGGCUGGUCCAGGAUUACCACUCCCCCUUUCCCAAUCAUCAAUGUACCCUUUAUUUUAAUUAGUUAUCAUUUUCAUUUUGUUAAAAUCAUAUAGUCAGAUUUAUGUUCACCUUUAUAUUAUUAUUAAUGCUUUUUCAAUCUUCAAUAGGUAUGGCAUGCUUUCAAUGUCAUAUCUUUGUCUUGUAAUAAAUUUUACAUAAUAUGGCAUAAUAUAUGUGUCUGUAUAUUUGUAAGACAAAAGAAGUAAGAUUAGACUAUACUAUAGAAAUCAAUGUUGAUCGAGUGGAUGUUUUGAUUGGGGGUCUACAUUAUUAGGAUUGGAUCGUUAUAGCAACUGAUUGAUAGUGAUGUUAAAGGAUUAUCCACUCCUGGUUUGAUAAAAUAUAAAACCUUGGUGUGAAUUGAAAAUGUCUCAAAUAGGAGUUGUGAAAAUAUACAUAAGAUAAUUGUGCAUAUACAAUGUACUAGCUUGCAUCCCAGGGCUGCAUUUACCAACCAGCUUACGACAAAGUAGACCGAUCUUCUUGGUCUGAUUGAAAGAUCCUCAAAGUGCAAAAUCUGUGUACAUGUAUUCCAAACUAUAUCAGUAGCAACAUGAAUAAGUAACUGUUAUUUUUUUGACAAUUUUUGUGGGUGAUGAAUAAUUAACAUAUAUAAAAUUGGUCGUAAGUUGUGAAGUUCUUUUGUAAAAUGCAGCCCAGCUAUAAAAUGGUGCACUUAUUUUGAAUGACGUUUUUGACAGUGGAUUCUAGUAUAUAAUUAUGUUCUGAUUUUGCUAUAAUUAUCUGUGAUAAUCUGACCUAGCUGUCCAAAACUGAUGCUUUACAUACAAGUACAGCUGUACUGAUAAUUACAGUACACUGAAACAAGGUCCCUCAAAUGUUGAUUUACUGCUUUAUUUCAUGCAUAUUUGUUUUUCAAUGUAAAGUUCAUUAUAAGAAUCAACUUUGGUAUGUGCAUGUAUGAAUAAAAAAUUAUGGCAAUUUAAUGUAAUGAUAUUUUACCAGAUAAUUUUAUAACCUUGCACAUUACACUACAGUGUUGUACUUGUAAUAUACAUGAAAUAUACAUUGUAUGUGUUGAUAUUGACACAAUGAAAUUUUUGUACAGUGUCAAGGAAGGAGUUGUUAUAACUUUACUCUACUAAUGUAUCUUUUUUAAUUUAUGAUCUGCAACCUAUUAUGUUGAUUUAUUAAAUAUAAGUCAUGCAAAAUAUAAAUCAUGCAAAAUGUC